AUGAAGCUGCGGUUGGUCCUUGUUCUCUUGGCCUUGCUGGCCUUUGGCAUUCCACUGCUGGUAUGGCCCCAGUUGGAUUCCAAGUUCAGGACUUUUUCGGAGCCGACGCCCGAAGAUUUUCGAGACGACAACGCCAGCGAAGCCACGACAGAUGCCACGACAGAUGCCCCGCUCGAGGCCUUGGCAGACUCAGAGCCCACGAGCGCUCCGAAGAAACAGAUGAGAGGAGGUAAGGGCGCGACCGGGACACGACGCAGGCGUGCCAAGGCUGGAGCUGCAACAUCCACUUCCCAGCCUGCUGUGGUGAUGUCCCAAGGAGUUUCGGGAGCCCGUGUUCCGGUGACUUCUCUGGUUUCGGGAACCCGUGUUCCGGUGACUUCUCCUGCAUGUGGUCCGAAUCCUAAGAAGUAUUUGAAGCAGGAUCCAUGUUGCCAUGGAACUGGCUGCUGCCCUGAUGGCAAGGCGCAAGUGAUCCCAGGCGGUCGCGUCACCUGGACGAACCGAACUGAUCUGGUGAUCGUGAGUCCUGAGAUCAAAAAGGACAAGAACACUAGGCCGGAUGCGCGGAACUCUGACUUGUCGUGGAUUACGGGGCAAAAGACUUUUCCGUAUGUUUUGUGCCCUUUCUGCACGGUGGAAUUGGACCCCACUUGUUCCAUGAAGACAAAUCAAGGAUUUGAAGCCGCUGCAUACUUGGCUUUUGUGGUUUACAACUACCACCGCUUGCCUCGCACCGUGGCCUUUGUCCAUGGGCAUUCUUGGGUGCAGAAUUCACGAUUGUGGAAGAAGAAGACUGGCAAGAAAAGAUGUACCAACUAUGACCGUCUUUUACAACUGAAACCUUUCUUGGAUGAAGAUAUGUUCAUCUAUAUUCAAGCCAAAGGUGCUGGAACGUUCCAAAAGAGACUGGCCAGAAAGACCAAGAAGAAGUGGGAAUUGGCAUUUCAACUCCCGUACCCUGACUACGUGGAUAAUUUUUCCUGGGGAAUCGGGCCGCACUUUGUGGUGGGUCGCAACAGGAUUCUGUCGCGCCCCAGGGACUACUACGAGAAGAUGUUUCGCUUUGCCAGCGGCAGUGGGAACUACACAGAUUCCAAGCUGGCCCAAACGCAAGGACAUUUCGGCGCAGGCGCUUGGUUCCUGGAGUUUUUGUGGAAUGUGAUCUUCAACGAAGAGAAUUCCACCAUCCAUCCUGAAAGCUCCACUUCGUUGCGAUGCAAACUUGGGUGGUGCAAAGACACUCACUGCGAUCAGGGCCGCUGGAGGUUUGACAAAGUGUUCGGAAAAAGGGUCAGGGAGGUCCUGUGA